UAUGAUAAACCAAAUGUGAAGUUCUACACCACAUUACCGGCCCAUCGCGUGCCACAGGAUUUCACGCAAAAAACAAUUGCUGUAUUGAGUCAAGUGUUAAAAGACAAACCGGUGGACAGAAUUACUGUACAUUUAUUUACGGAUCAAAAUAUUCAUACAGGCAGCGACCCGGAUCGUCAGGUGCCCAACGCAUACGCCGUACUUCGUAGUAUCGGUCGCGUGAGUCCCGAUGAAAAUCGGCACACAAUAGACGUGUUGUCCCGACACGUGCAGCGAGAAUUGGGCGUAACUACCGAUCAGUUUCGUCUAUUUUUUAUUGAUUUGGACCCAAAUAUGGCUGCAUUUAAGGGCAAAACUUGCGCCGAUCUUGUUGAA